GCUCUGACUCUGUGACAUUGUUUCCGUUUCCGGUAUAUUUGACAGCUCGGUUUGUUUUUAGAAAACAAGAGAAACGUUAAGACUAUUGAAGAUAAACUGAUUAGUAUGACAUCGUUUUCGAUGCUAAUCGUCUAACGUUCAUUUUGUGUGGCAAAUUGUGUGGAGAUACCGAGGGGUCGUGAUAGUGUCGGAGCGGUUGGUUUAUUGGACCUCGAGCGGGCCAUGUCGUCCCGUCGGCCCGACAGCUUCGACGGCCUCGCCGGUUACCGGGGCCGGGACGAGCCGCUCUACGGCGGAAGGUCAUUUGGCGGCAGCAGCUCUUCCGACCUACAGCACUGGGUGACCACGCCACCAGACAUCCCGGGUAGCCGGAACCUCCACACCGGGGAGCGGACACCGACUCACUGCGGGGACGGCGGAGAGGAACCGCAGCCUGCGGGCGGGUCGACCGAUCAGCUGGAUCGCUUCGCUGGUUUCGGUAUCGGCCUUGUCAGUCUGUUCACAGAAAAUGUGCUAGCUCAUCCCUGCGUUGUGAUUCGACGACAGUGUCAGAUUAAUUACCAUGCUCGCUGCCAGCACCUGUCUCCAUUCACCGUUGUCACGGUGAUGUACCAUGUGGGCAAGACCCAGGGUCCUAAGGCGCUGUGGAAGGGGAUGGGCAGUACCUUCCUAGUGCAGGGCAUCUCUCUGGGGGCCGAGGGGCUCCUCAGUGAGUGUUGCGGGCUGCCGCGAGAGCUUCCUCAUCGAUGGACCUUCAAGCAAGUCGCUGGACACUUCCUUCUCAAAGGUUUGACAGUCAUGGUCGCGCUGCCGUUCUAUGCAGCCAGCCUUGUGGAAACCGUGCAGAGUGAGGUGGUACGUGAACCACCCGGCCCUCUGGAGUGUCUACGAGAGGGCGUGGCUCGGCUGCUGGGUCCUAGGCUCCUCCCUCAACGCAGGCUCCUCCCCUUCCGCCGCCUGCUAGCGCCUGCGCUGCUCCACUCCCUCCUGCGCUACGCACUGCUUACCGCUUUACAGACCGCCAUCACUGCCCUGAUACGCUACUUCCUGUCCCGGACCGCUGCCAGGAAGAAGGCUGCGAUGGAGAACACUGGUCUCCAUGACGAUCAGGGGAGCAUCGUUAGCGCUAGCAGCGCAGAGACAGCGGUGGACGGCCACUUUGCCGAGCUGGCGGCGUCGCUGGUGGCGUCGCUGGCGGCGGACAUGGCCCUGUAUCCCCUGGAGACUGCCCUGCACCGCCUCCUGGUACAGGGCACACGCACCAUCGUGGACGACACCGACGGGGGCGUGGCCUCCCUGGCUGGGGGUUUGGCCUAUCUUGCGGCGGGGGGCGGGGUGGUGCUUCCCAUCAACACUCAAUACGACGGCCUACACGACGCGCUGACCGGCGCUAGCGCUGGCGUGCUAACCGGGGGCCGCGGAGCCCCGGAGCCCGCGGUCACAGCGGUGGGCGGGGCCUGUCUGUACCGGGGGGUGGGUGCGGUCCUUCUGCAGUACGGCCUGCAGGCGGCGGCGCUGUGGGCCGCACGCACCGCCUACAGCGCCGUGGCCGCACGCCGCUAACACUAGCUCCUCUCUUGUUGAAAACACAAUCUAAUUAUGAACACAAUGUACCAAACCAUGUAAGACACAAGACCUUCAUCAUCAAACCCCUUUAACCUCCCGGUCGACCAGGUCUCAUCGCUUCCUGGUCUCAAAAUAGCAUUUGUAACUUAAGGGAAAAUGACUCAAGAUGCACUUAAUAGGGUGGUUCAUUUUAAAGAGACAAUACAAUUGCAUGAAUCAGCAUAUAAAAAAUAAAAAUGAUGAAUAGAAAUGUGAUAAGAAUAUAUUAUGUUGAAUGAAAGUAAAUGUUGAUAUCUAUCAACAUUUUUCCUCUGAAUAUUACAAGGUAGCCAUGGUGACAAUUAAAGUAAUAUGAAUCUUUCAAGGUUUCAUGUUGUGUUUUGAAAGCAAUCCUAAUCAUAUAUUAGAGUCAACAUAGAUUACUCACUCUUUCUCUGCCUAGGUUUGGUAUAAGUUAACUAGUCGAGUAUUUAUUAUUUUAAAGGGCCAACUGGUGUAGGUUUACCAAGCAUUAAAGGUGAGGGGAGCACCAUUUUGGGGUGUAGGGUUAGUACCAACACACAGCCUCUACUCAGCAUAUAGCCCCCACCCUAUCACCUUGGAACCUUAUCCUAAAACCUUGUCACCAUUCGGGAACAUUUGUAAAACUAAUUUAAACGGAACACUUAUAACUGCAUUAAAAGAUGCAUGUAAGCACAAAUACUAAACAAACUAUGUUUACUUUAUUUCUGUUUGUUGGUAAAAUGAGUCAAGAGGCUUACGGAGAAUUCCGUGACGUGGAUGAUCUGCUUCUAUAAGAUACUCUCCCCUGUAGCAGCUUCAUUUACGGCUUUUAUUUUGAAGUACGAG